UCCGCAACUACUCUAAUGAGGGCUUACAUGAUUGCAGUUCCCAGCGGGAAGAGCAAAUCUCCUAACGGAUUGAUUUUACUGAUCUUAACCUCAUUUCUUCUGGUUAGUACCACCCUUUUCUGUUUGUAUGAGAACCCAGUAAUAGUUGAUCGUAGUUCACCGCCUGCAAGUGAAAAUCUUGUUGGUAACUCAACAAGGUUAGUGCGGCAGUGCGAUCUAUUUAGUGGGAAUUGGGUUCCUGUCUCCAAAGGGCCUUGCUACACAAAUGCAACCAAAUGCGUGAUUGAUGAUCGACAAAAUUGCAUGAAGUUUGGACGACCAGAUACAGAGUUCUUGAAAUGGAGGUGGAAGCCUAAUGAAUGCGAGCUUCCCUCGUUUGAUGCGACUCAAUUCUUGGAGCUUGUAAGAGGAAAGUCCAUGGCCUUUGUUGGUGAUUCACUGGCAAGGAACCAAAUGCAGUCACUUGUCUGCCUCUUAGCCAGUGUAGCUGAACCUGUGGAUGUAUCAUAUGGAGAAGAUACAAGAUUCAGACGGUGGUUUUAUGCAGAAUACAAUUUCACUGUGGCAGCUUUCUGGUCUACUUAUCUGGUUAGAUCAGAAGAAGCUGACCCCAAGGGUUACUCCUUGACUAGCCUUAUGAAGCUCUACUUAGAUGAGGUUGAUGAAUCUUGGGCAGCCCAUAUUCAGAAUUUCAGGUACAUAAUCAUAUCAGCUGGACAGUGGUUCCUGCGGCCACUUCUGUAUUACGAAAAGGGAAAGAUUGUAGGGUGUUAUUUCUGCAACAAAGAGAAUGUCACAAGCCUUACUCGGUACUAUGGGUACAAAAUGGUCUUCAGAACAUCCUUUAGGACCUUGCUGAAUUCGGAAGGCUUCAAGGGGAUUACCUUUUUAAGGACAUUUUCCCCUCAGCAUUAUGAGAAUGGAGAGUGGAAUAAAGGCGGGAAUUGUAUGAGAACGAGGCCAAUUGGCAAGCGAGACAUGAGGAUGGAAGAGUACAUUCUGGAGUUUUAUUGGACUCAAUUAGCGGAGCUGACAGCAGCGAAAAGGGAAGGGAGGAAUAGGGGGUUGAAGUUCAGGCUUCUGGACGCUACUCGACUCAUGAUGCUGAGGCCGGAUGGUCACCCAAGCCACUACGGACAUGGCCCCAGAGAAAACGUCACUAUUGCUGAUUGUGUCCAUUGGUGCUUACCUGGGCCGAUAGAUACGUGGAAUGAGGCCUUGCUUCAGAUGUUGAAAACCCAAAAAGCCUAGUGCUCGGGGCCCAUUUCUUCGUAAACGUUGACAAUUUGUUGUUAAUCUCCAUCACAAAAAGCCACAAACUGUUGGCCAGAAGCGAAAAUUUGAAGAUGCUAAUCUGUUUCAUCCCAGUAUUUAAUGACCAGAG